GCCGUGACGUCAGUUUGUUGGGCUUCCCUGGUGGUCAGACUUUAGCACAGAAGCAGGAGAUCAGAAAACGUCUCCAAAACAUGGCUCUGAAUCGGAAUCACUCCCAAAACGGCGGCGUUUUGAUAAACAACGGAGAAAGUGUUUUAAGGGAAUGCAAGAAUGUGGAGCUGUCGUUCAGCGAUGUCAACUGCAAGACAGACCUGCUUAAAGGGACCAAAAAGGGCACCGUUUAUCUCACACCAUACAGGCUGCUGUUUGUGUCCAGUAAUACCAAGGAUUGCAUGGGGUCAGCCAUGUUCCCCUAUUAUCUGAUGAAGGGCUGCAGCAUUGAGCAGCCAGUCUUUAAUGCAAACUACAUUAAAGGGACGGUAUCUGCUGAGGCUGGUGGUGGCUGGGAGGGCCAGGCCAGCUUCAAGAUGUCAUUCCCCAGCGGAGGGCCUAGAGGUGGGCAGCAUCUCUUCAAACUGGCCACUAAUGCUUCUCGCGCGGCCCCUGCACAAAACGGUGCCGCCUCCUUCGGCUAUCCUUCUCCUGGCACGAUGAACGGCUACGGCCCAGCUCCUCCCGCUCCCCCCGCUCCCCAGGGGUACACCUACACACCCUCUCCCCAGCAGAAUGGGUUCUACCAGGGCCCCCCCCCUCCAGCUGCCAACAUGGGCUACCCCAUGCCGAUGCCUGCUACAGGAAUGUACCCGGCUAGUUUUGACUACAUGGCCCCGCCUCCCCCGUACCCUGGGCCUCCCCAAAACUGGGCUGCUGCCCCCCCCCAGAACUGGGCCGCAGCACCACAAGCACCUCAAGGUAACUCCAAGGCGGCUGAAGCUGCGGGCUCUGCGUACUACAACCCUAGCAACCCUCACAAUGUCUACAUGCCCAUGGAGCGACCUCCACCAUACGCACCUUACCCAAACUCUCCUGAGAAGAAAAGCAACUGAAACAACAUCACUUCAACCACACUCCUCCUCUUCCUCUUCCUCUGUAUCUGAAACAAACCCUAAAGCACGGAUGAUGGAUACUCAGAAAAGAAAAAGCAAGUUAACAGACGGUUCAAAGAUGUCAGCGAUAAUCCACUAACGACAUUUUACAAAAUCAAUCACAUCUUUAAAUACCAAUUUACUUAAGUUCAUGUAAAAUGAUUGACAA